AUGGCAGCAGCUGAAGUUUCCACUGCCAAUGGCGGUAUCGCUCCUCAGCUCACAUUCGAACCUCGUGAUUCCUAUCAGCUACCCUUGGUAGGACCAAACAUGGAUAUCAAACAAGACUACAGUGUUACUGUCCACGAAGAUGUAUCUACGACACCCGUUUCCACCACGCCGUCCAAGGAGACUCCAGGUCUAUAUAUCACUGGCUUGGGGUCUCAAUACCCGCCUUUCCAAUUCCCCCCGGACAAGCUGGAAGGUUUCGUAAAGAGGUGGUAUGACCUUGAAACUCCAGGGAUCAAGAAGCUCUUGACCAUCAACCAGACCACUAUGAUCCAGAGUCGAUCAACCAUCAAAGCAUACGAAGAUCCAUUCUGGAGCCGCUCAGUGGCACCGUCGAUCUCCGAGCUAGACAGAUUCUUUCGCAAGGCAGGUGUCGAUCUGACUGUCCAAGCAUGCAAGAAAGCCAUGCGUGAAUCCGGCAGCAAACCCAGCGACAUCACCCACAUCGUGGCAGUGACAUGCACCAACGCCGGCAACCCCGGCUUCGACCUCUUGGUGGCCCAGAAACUCGGUCUGAAGCCGGAAACCGACAGGACGCUACUGCACGGCGUUGGGUGUGCCGGUGGACUCUCAGCGAUGCGUGCUGCGUCGGCUAUGGCUCAAUCGGCCUCGGUGCGCGGCCGCCCGGCGAGAAUCUUGGUGUUUGCGUGCGAGAUCUGCAGCAUCAAUGUGCGAUGCGAUCUUGAAGAAGUUGUGGAACAUCCCGAUGAGACCAAGAUCUCGCCCGUCCUCUUCUCCGACGGCGCCGCAUCUUUUGUCCUCAGCAACGAGCUCACACCCGGAGCCAAAGACAAGGCAGUCUACUCGUUGGUCAACUGGGAGACCAGGACCAUGCCCGGCACAGCCAAAGAAUUGGAGUUCAUGGCCGAUCCCUUCGGAUUCCGAGCCACCCUGACGAAGGAGGUCCCGCACCUGGCCCUCAAAGCCAUCACCCCCAUGUUCGAGCAGUUGCUGCCCUUCCUCCCCACCGACAGCCAGCUCGCGACCAGCGGCAAACCGGUGGAAGCGAAAGACUUCGAUUGGGCAUUGCAUCCCGGCGGAAUCGCCAUCUUGAACGGUGCCCAGCAGAAAAUGCAACUCCACGACGACCAGCUGCGCGCGUCCUUUGACGUUUACAAGAACCACGGCAAUUCGUCCAGCCCGACCGUGUUGGUCGUGCUCGACCAGUUGCGGAAGAUGGGCGAGGGCCGAGAGAACGUCAUGGCUUGCAGCUUCGGUCCCGGGAUGACGAUUGAAAUGUUCAUGUUGAAGCGUUGCCGUCACGAUGUGGAGGAAUGA